AUGGCAGAUGAGUCGAAUCCGCCCAUGAGGCGUCGCGCCCCUACAAUCACCAUCGACACUACAGCUGUCAACCCUAAUAACCAGGAGCGCCCCAACUCGCCCAUCUCUCCAGACGACGCUGUUAGUCCCACGACGACUGAUACUCGACAACUCGAAUUGAAUACUUCAAUGUCUUUCGACAAGGAUAGCCGACCAACAAGCCCUCACAAUGUCUCGAGUCCCGUCACAUCAAAAUCUGGCGAUGGUGCCGGCUUCUUGGCUGUGCCGCUGAACCAUCGAUCGCGACAGAAUUCAGUCGACUCAGAGGACAUGUCCAGAUCUGUCUCGUCGCAAGGAGACACCACCGUUGUGGCGUCCAACUCGACACAGGUGGAUACGCUCAAGGGAUCCGAAUAUGAUCAUAAGAAGAUUAUCAACGAUGAGACGGCCUUGAAGCCUGACGUCGGAACAGAGGCCGAUUUCGAGGUGGAAAACAACCCAUUUGCCUUUACACCUGGCCAGCUUAACAAAAUGUUUAACCCCAAAAGUCUAUCGGCCUUUUAUAAGUUGGGUGGCAUGGAUGGCCUGGAGAAGGGUUUACGGACUGACCGCAAGGCUGGAUUGAGCGUGGACGAAAAGGGUCUUGAUGGCCAAGUAUCGUUCGAGGACGCGACAUCAAAAAAGCACAUUACACACCACGCCUCUUCAUCAGGAGAAGGCUUUUCAGACCGGUUACGCGUCUUCAAGGAUAACCGACUUCCUGAGAAGAAGGGAAAGAGCUUGCUAGAGCUCAUGUGGAUCACCUAUAACGACAAGGUCCUGAUCCUGCUUUCCAUCGCCGCGGUUAUCAGUCUGGCAGUUGGCCUGUAUCAGACUUUUGGUGGUGCUCAUAAGCCGGGUGAGCCCAAGGUCGAAUGGAUCGAAGGUGUUGCGAUUAUCGUCGCCAUCGCCAUCGUUGUUAUCGUUGGAUCACUCAACGACUACCAAAAGGAGCGACAGUUUACAAAGUUGAACAAGAAGAAGCAGGACCGCGUCGUCAAGGUGGUUCGCUCAGGAAAGACUAUUGAGCUAUCGGUUUUUGAUUUGUUGGUCGGCGACGUUGUUCACCUUGAGCCCGGUGACUUGGUACCGGUUGACGGAAUUCUCAUUGAAGGUUUCAAUGUCAAGUGCGACGAGUCUCAGACCACCGGCGAGUCUGAUGUUAUCCGAAAGCGAGGCGCCGACGAAGUGUUUGCCGCCAUCGAGAACCACGAAGACCUCAAGAAGAUGGACCCUUUUAUCCAGUCUGGAGCUCGCAUCAUGGAGGGUGUCGGUACCUUUAUGACCACCUCUGUUGGUGUCUACUCAUCCUACGGCAAGACGCUCAUGGCUCUUAACGAGGAUCCUGAGAUGACCCCUCUUCAGGCGAAGCUGAAUGUUAUCGCCACCUACAUCGCCAAGCUUGGUGGUGCUGCCGGUCUGCUUCUGUUCAUCGUCUUGUUCAUCCAAUUCCUGGUCCGCCUGCCUAAGCAGCCUCCUUCGGUCACCCCAGCUGAAAAGGGACAACAAUUCCUUAACAUUUUUAUUGUUGUCGUAACCAUUAUUGUGGUCGCUGUUCCCGAAGGUCUGCCUCUGGCUGUCACUCUGGCUCUGGCUUUUGCGACAACUCGAAUGCUGCGAGAUGCCAACCUGGUACGACACUUGAAGGCUUGCGAAGUCAUGGGCAAUGCCACGACCAUCUGCUCCGACAAGACGGGAACUCUCACUCAGAAUAAGAUGCAGGUUGUUUCUGGAACUAUCGGAACUAGCCAUCGGUUUGGGGGAUCUCGCCAAGGAGAUUCAAGCGGUACCUCUACUCCGGUCGACCUCAGUGGCGAUAUAUCCGCCUCCGAGUUUGCCUCUAUGCUCAGCGCUCCUGUCCGGGAACUUCUCCUCAAGUCCAUCUCUCUCAACUCGACUGCCUUUGAGGGCGACGUUGAUGGCGAACAAACCUUUAUCGGUUCCAAGACUGAAACUGCCAUGCUCAUCUUUGCCAGGGCUCACCUUGGCAUGGGCCCUGUCAGCGAAGAGCGAGAGAAUGCCAAGGUCCUUCAGCUGAUUCCUUUCGACUCUGGUCGCAAGUGCAUGGGUAUUGUCGUUCAGCUGCCCAAUGGCAGCGCCCGUCUCUACAUCAAGGGUGCCUCCGAAAUCAUCCUGGCCAAGUGUAGCCAGAUCCUCCGCGACCCUGCCGCCGAUGACUCGCUCGCCCCCAUGUCUCAAGAUAACAUCGACACCAUCAACCAUCUCAUCGAGAGCUACGCCAAGAGGUCACUCCGAACCAUUGGAAUCUGCUACAAGGACUUCCCUGCAUGGCCUCCUAAGAAUGCUGGCCAGGUUGAAGGUAGCACCGAGGUUCCUUUCGAGAAUCUCUUUUACAACAUGGCCUUUAUCAGUGUCGUCGGUAUUCAGGAUCCUCUCCGUGAAGGCGUUCCUGAAGCCGUCAAGCUCUGCCAGAAGGCUGGUGUCGUCGUCCGCAUGGUUACUGGAGACAACAAGAUCACUGCCGAGUCGAUUGCUCGUGAGUGUGGUAUCCUCCAGCCCAACAGUCUCGUCAUGGAGGGCCCUGAGUUCCGAAACCUGUCCAAGUUUGAGCAGGAGCAAAUCAUUCCCCGACUUCACGUGCUGGCUCGAUCUUCCCCUGAGGACAAGCGAAUCUUGGUCAAGAGACUCAAGGACAAGAAUGAAACUGUUGCUGUGACUGGUGACGGCACCAACGACGCUCCCGCUCUCAAGAUGGCCGACAUCGGUUUCUCCAUGGGUAUCGCCGGUACCGAGGUUGCCAAGGAGGCGUCGUCCAUUAUUCUGAUGGAUGACAACUUCAACAGUAUCGUCAAGGCCUUGAAGUGGGGUCGUGCAGUCAACGACGCCGUCAAGAGAUUCCUCCAGUUCCAGCUGACUGUCAACGUGACGGCCGUCAUUCUGACAUUUGUCACUGCCGUCUCUAGCGAGGAAGAGUCUUCUGUCCUGACCGCCGUGCAGCUGCUCUGGGUUAACCUGAUCAUGGAUACUCUUGCUGCCCUCGCCCUUGCCACUGAUCCUCCUCACGAGAGCGUCCUGGACCGAAAGCCAGAGCCAAAGGGAUCGGGCAUCAUCUCGGUCACCAUGUGGAAGAUGAUUCUCGGACAAUCCAUCUACCAGCUUGCCAUCACGUUCCUUCUCUACUAUGGAGGCCCCAAGGGUGUCUUGCCAACAAAGAACAUUCCCAGCAAAGAUGAAAUCGCGACGCUUGUGUUUAACACGUUUGUGUGGAUGCAAAUCUUUAACCAGUGGAACAACCGUCGCCUGGAUAACAGGUUCAACAUCUUUGAAGGACUCACCAAGAAUUGGUUCUUUAUCGGCAUCAGUGCCAUUAUGUGUGGUGGUCAAGUUCUCAUCAUCUUUGUCGGCGGCCACGCAUUCCAGAUUGCAGAGGAGGGACAGUCCAGCACCCUUUGGGGCAUUGCUAUUGUCCUUGGCUUUAUCUCGAUUCCUUUCGGUAUCGUGAUCCGCCUGGUUCCCGACAGCUUCCUGCUUGCUCUGAUUCCCGAGUUUCUUAAGAAGCGGGCCAACAAUGUGCCUGGUCUCACCAUCUCGGACGAGGAGAUGAACAUGUAUCCCGAGCCGCUGGCGGAUGUUCGAGAUGAGCUCAACUUUCUCCGAAGAAUGAAGGGAGGACGUCUCAACAACCUCAAGUUUGCUAUCGCACACCCCAAGGAGGCGGUUGAGAUGGUUCGGUCUAGAAGCCCAUCUCAUUCGCGAUCCAACUCUCUCAACGCACCGCAGACACCAACUCAAGACAACCCAUUCGAGGGAUCGCCGAUUGCGACGCCCAGCUCUGGCAAGAGGCCACGAUCUACACGAUCACGAUCCAACAGUGCGCUUGGAGCACCUACGGUGAUGGCAGGUAUUGUUGCAGCGGGAGUAGCAGCGGGCUGGCAGCCAAUGGCUCGAUCAGAUGAGGAAAGCGACCAAAAGUAG